AUGGGGACGUCAGAGGCUAGUUCAAAUGCUGACCAUGAAAUGAAAACUCCAGACGAAGAGGAAAAUCAAGCAAAUAUCAGAUGUGUUCAUCUCUUUAAUUGUGAUCAAACUUACAAGCUUGAUGUGGUGGAGAAGCUGUUUAAGGCCGUCGAACCAAAACUGAACUUUGCCUUUUCAAUCCAGUCGCAUUACUUUGUCCUUCGAGAUAUGUCUCAGGUAUGUGAAAACAUAAUUCCAGACCAAAUCAAGGUGGAUGAUGUCGCUGUCUUUGUGGUCCAUGCACACGAAUCUCGUCUCUCCAUCAACGAAGAUAACGCUGGGAUUGGAUAUGCAAAGAUCUACAGAGCAUUGCGUCGGGCAACGGGUAAGAAAUUUCAAAACGUUUUAAUUUUGCCAAGAAAAAUUAACAUCUAACGGCUCACUUAAGAAAUAAAUAAAUUCAGAGAAUUUUAAUGAUGACUUUUUUGCUGUUUUGAAUAGAAUAUCCUUCCAAACUUGGUUCAAAGAAGGCGGAAGUAUGUUAGUAGUGACAGAAAGGUUUUCUUCGUUCCUGCGUAACUCAGUGGUUUAAUAUACAUUUUAAAAACCUCUAAACUUUAUGACACAAGAAGAAAUUAUUAAAGGAAAAGCAGUAUGGCUAUUGGAAAAGAGCUUGUCGAUAAUAUAAUAUAAUUAUUUUACUGCAGUGAACAUGUUUCGCUUUCACUUUCGAUCCCAAUACAUAUAUCAGGUGACAGUUGCGUAUUACACGUCAUACACCCUGAUUAAAUACAAAGAAAAAACUGACUAGGGUAGGGUCAGCUUUUGUAAGCCCCCCUCCGUCCACAAAGGAUUAGAUGGACCGUGCAAGAUACAGAAUCGUCAUUGUCACUCCCACCCUUCACGCCCCAUUCCAUUUCCCCAUUUACACGGGUACGGCCAUAUGUUUGAACGGACGAAUUUUUUACCUGUGCAACCCGUUUACACGGAACCCUGCAAAUUCUGUUACAGAUUGCAGCACUGUUUACCGUUCAAAAACAUGUACGGUUCUGUGGGUAUCGUGUAAACGAAAGGCGGAUCCGUGCAAGUUUUUGUCCGAUCAAAUAUUUGUUCAGACCCGUGUAAAGGGGGUCUCAGCCACACAGCUCGGAUUUACAAGCGAACAUUUCUAAAGGGGCGAGUACAGCCUUGAAAUCUGCCUGUUCAGGAUUUCAAACAGUGUUUUUGCGGCUCCAUUCUCUUUGCCCCAACCGGCCACCAUCAGGACACCUGAAACGUUCAGGGUAGGCUUGGAAUUUGGAGCGGUUUUCGCGCUGUGUUUUCCUGUUAAGAGGGGGCAACGUAAGGCAUAAGACCUGUUCAGCAAGAAUUUUUUGUAAUUUGUUUACCCACACGGAGCACUUCUUAAGAACUGGUUGGAAUGUGUCCGCCCCUUCCAGAUCGAAUUGGAAUUUGGAACUGUCCGGGGUGUUUUUUUCCGGAGCACCAGGAGAAAAACCUCUUGGAGCAAAGGAAAGCACCAACAACAAACUCAACUCACAUGCGGCGUCGACUUCGGGAUUCAAACCCGGGCCACAUUGGUGGGAGGCGAGUGCUCUUACCACUGCGUCACACUUGCUCCCCAAAUGUAUUCCAAUGGAAGUAAAAAAAAUGGUUAAACCUGUGCUCAAGUCUUUUGGUUUAAAAAUGCGCUUUCGCGAUAAUCGAUACCUUACUCGUAGUACGACAAUCUUAAUGUCCCACUUUUUAAAAGGAUGAGAACUUAUUUUAUUAAUAUGUUAUAGAUGGAAAAGUACUCAUUGUUAUCGGUGGAGAUGACAGCUACAAGGACUCCUCUGAGGAAAAAAAUUCCUUCCUGUCGCGUUGGGCAAGGAGAAAAAUUUCUUCUCAGUUCAGCGAAGAAUACUUGGAUGGAAGAAAAAGUUUCAUAUUUUCAUGGAACAAGAAACACAGACCAAUUCACGAAGAAGCACUGCUGCAUUACUUUGAUCCCGAUAAAAAGGAAAAGAAAUUUGUUCUGGUCGAAAAGAAAGAAGAAGAAACGGUUUCUGAAGACCCCAAACAGGUAUAUGUGUAUGAGGACACAGUGCUCCAAACAAGUCCCGUCCGAUAUAGUCCGGGCAAGGACAUUUUUUUGCCGGGCAAGUAACUUUAAACGCUCACUUGCCCAAUGGGAAAGGGUCCAGGCAACUAAGACGAGCAAGAUGUAGUCCUAGGCAAACAAAUUACGAGAGGUGCCUGCCCAAAGGACAAGCUGAAAUUCACGUUUUUCGAGCGCUAUAUAAUAUAACUUUUAUAUUAAACUUUGUGGGAAUUUUUUUUUCUGUGAGUAUGGAUUAGACUGAGGUAUAUCACAAUAUUAACGUACUCCUUGGUACGCUAGAAGGACACAAUUGGCACGUUAGUGAAGCUUAUACUCCUGACACGCGCUCACUCAUUCCCUUGGAAAAAUUAGCCGGAAGAAAGUAUUACGAGCAAGCGAACAAGGGCUCAGACAUAGGAAGACGUGCAUAAUAUGCACCCUUUAGUUCGCUCACUCCUGUCUCGCAGUGAAAAGAUUCCCUUUCACUGUCUGAGAAAGGACCGCUAGCAGUCUACUCGAUCAGUUACUUACACGCUAGUUUGCUUAGUACUAACGUUUUUGCCAUUUGUAUCAGCUACUGUCUUUAAUUUUUACACAGCAAGUCGAAAUUCAAGAAAGAACUGAAUCCGAUGUCGAACAUAGAAGGACAGAGGGACAGUCCCCAGAAACAGAACUCCAGAGGGGUCAAAAAAGACGCGAGCAAAUUGCUCCACUGCAGCUUCCUCAAACAGAAGAAAGAGCAUCAGAGGAUAUGGAAAUUGUGUCACGUCUUAGCGUGGACGACGAAAAACACAAAAACAUGGAGGACGUAGAAAAUUCCUUUCAUUUUGUUAGCAAAGCUGAUUGCUCAGGUAAAAGGGAUUAAGCGUAAAUGUGCGAAAUAGUACAAAUAAGUACAUUACUACAUUCAAAUACUGAAUGGAAACAUGAAAUAAAUCAUAUUUUGAACUGUGGAUAAAGAUAUGAAUGAUCAUCACAGUAGAGAUGAACAGAUUAACCGGCUGAAAAUUCAUUCGACUGCGAUGAUAACGUUAGCUUUUAUAUCUUUUAUCCGCUGUUCAAAAUAUGAUUCAGUUCAUGUCAUUUCCACCAUUUGUAUCGGGUAUAUAAGAAACUCUCAAUGGCCUGCUCUCCAAUUGGCUUGAUUAGUUUAAUAGAUGGAGCGUUGCGUCCGGUAAACGCAAAGGGCGGGGUUUAAUUCCCGGCCAAGCCUGAAACUUUUCAGGUUCAUUUUUCAACCUCUUAAGUUGUUCAUUCUACUGCAAUGAUCAUGUUCACUUUCAUACAUAAAAGUACUGUUCAAGGAAAAUUCAGAUAGAUAGUAUAAUAAAAAAGUAAAAAAACAAGUAAACUCUCACUAAAAUUCUACUGUGCACCUUCAAAAUAAAAAAGAUGUUUAUACGCGCAUGACGAGGCCUAAAAUCGGUGCAAGAUUUUCCUGGAGCAGGGCACGAAUUGAAAAGGUCUUGACGCGGCAGCGUCCUCAAAGGUAUUCGGUGCCAACAGUAUUGUUAUGUGUUUACUGUCUCACGAGAGCUUAGUGAUCUACAGUGGCUAACAGCUUAUAAUCUUAGAUUUCUUGGCCAAUGCUCAUAGUGCAAAGCUUUAUGAGCUGUUUUAAGUAGAUACAGUCCCGUUGCUCCCUCGUUGGUAACCAGUUUAGUGUCAGUAUAUUAUAUAAGGCCUUUACAGUGCGACUUGUAAGAUGGCAGCUGAAAACUAGAUACACUGAAUCCUUUCGAUUGAGAAAAAUUUACCCUAGGUGGUUGAAAAAAUAAGUCUUGGUAUGACCGAAAUAAGUUGUUUCCUUAAGGUACGGUAAAAAGGGCAACGAAAACAUGCAACUUGUUUUGUAACAUGGCUGCGAAUCGAAUUGAAUAGCGAUGUUGCACGUUUUACCACCCAUCGAUCAACCUGUCUUGUAACAAAUCAGGUUGUUGCACGUUUCGAAAAAUUGUUGCAGACAGUGGAGAGUAGGUCUACUUUUUGGAACAAAAUCUGUACAUGUUGGGCGCUUUACCGGCCCAAGGCAAACUUUUUUUGCAAUAAAUGACGUAACUCCCGUGACAUGACUUCCGCGUAAUUUUAUUCAAUCAGAAGUCUGUAUUCACCGUCGCAACUUGCAACAACCUCAUUUGUUACAAGACAGGUAAAACGCGCGCUUUCCAACUCGUUUUGCAGCAAUAUUGCAAAACAAGUUGCACUUGUUUGUUGCCCGUUUUAUUAUAGCUUAAAGCAUAGCCAAGGUACCGUAAAUGGAAGUACCCAAGUCGUUACCAUGCUCUUCCCAUUUGAGGUUAUAGUUGAUAUGCACCCCGAGCAACUUGUUGAGCCGACACGCUCCAGAGGUUUUCCUACGGUAGUGAAGUUGAGUGAGCGGUCGGCCAGCUUGUGGUAGGUUGACAUAUCUGCUGGGUGGGAAAAAGUAUGCACUUGGUCUUAGAAGGAUUCAAGGCAAGGUUCGAAUCCUUAGAUUGUGGCCCAUGCUUGGUGAGACAACGGUUAAAAUCUCUCACCCUUGUGCUUAAAUCUAGUUCCUUGACUGCACAGUGGGUAAUGGUAGCAUAUGCAUUUUGAGAACAAGCUGGGAAUGGAUCGAGGGAAGAGAGAUUGAUCGAGGUUAUCUGCAGAUCUUGGGCAUACAAGUUGAACAUCAUCAGCCCAAGGAUGGACCCAUGAGGCUAAAUAACAAAACUUUCCUUCAACCAUUUGAGACCCAUCCCGGCCCCAAAAAAAUGAAUACAUACCCUCUUAUCUUUUUUUUACCUACCUUUUGUUAUUUUUGUUCCAGAGGAUUCCAUGCAAAAAACAGAACCUAAACGUCCACGUGUAGAACAAAUAGAAAGCAUAGCGAUCCUUAUCAGGGACGAGUCUGAUAUUAAUACCAUGAAGGACGUGUUUGGUGAUGACUUACCGGGUAUUCAUCCUAUCAUAUCGAGAGAUCCGCGCGAUAUGAAGGUUUCAUUGGAAAAUACGCCAGUUAGAUCCUGUUUUAUCAUUGUUGAAUCUACGAAAAUAAAAGAGGAAUCGCUGACGAAAUCAAGCAGUACAGUUUACCAAGACCUACUGAAAACUGCUAACAGGAUUGUAGGUAAGAACAUUUCCUCUCCCUCUUCGCUGCACACUUCGUUGUUAUACCAAGAGAUUCGCUCCUCGCUUCCUUUGUAUGAAUUUGUGACCAAAAUGGUUUUUAACCAUGUUAUACUUAUCAUGCAUUUAGAAAUUUUACUUGUUAUCUCCAGACAUAAACCAUGAAAUUAAUCUUAAACUGAAGCGUUGUUAGGCAUGUUCUGAUCAGAUGUCAGGGGCACCCAACGACAGAUUCCUUUAAUAAAUACAAUGAAAACACUUUUUAGGCUAUCCAGAGUACUUUUAGAUCUGUAGAAAAACAUUCUAAAUGGCGCUAUAAAAUUUUUAUCUGUUCGGUCAUCCUGGGGGAACCUGAGUCUUUUCGAAAUUAUAAGGGCUUGAGUAUUAUUUUCCCGAAAAUUUAGAUGCAAUUUAACGUAUUACGAAAGUGAGACAUUUUCUAAUUCCUCUCUCCAUUCCUUUUUUCUACGAAAAAUAGCCUAACUUUGAAAGUGAAAAGUGAAAAUUAAACUUCAGAAAAUCGCAGGGAAUUUAUUAGGUAAGCUUCGAAAAUUGUACAUAAAUAGAACGCAUCUAGAAUUUUUUGGCCGUCCUCAAGGGAUAGAAAAUUCUAGGCAAUAUUUAAUUCUCCGAACAGAUAUUUUACAGAAAACAGUCGUUGGGUGCCCCUGAGAUGUUCUUUCUUUGAUGGAAUGUUCCAGGGGCACCCAGCGACUGUUUUUUGUAAAAUAUCUCUUCGAAGAAGGAAAUAGUGCCUAGAAUUUUCCAGUAAUUGAGGACGGCUAAAAAUUUCUAAAUGACCGUUCCAUUCAUGUACAAUUUUCGAAGCUUAUCUUAAAAAUCUCCUACGAUUUUCUGAAGUUUAAUUUCACAUUUCACUUCCCAAAUUAGGCUAACACACUUUUGAGAUUCAAAAGUGUGAUGGAGGGAGAAAUUAGAAUAGUAUGUGUCACUUUCGUAAUACUUCAAAUUGCAUCUACAAUUUUUGGAAAUAUAAUACUCAAACCCCUGAAAUUUCGAAAAGAGUCAAGUUCCCCUAAGAUGACCGAACAGAUACAAAUUUUAUAGCGCCGCUUAGAAUACAUUUCUAGAGAUCUAAAAGUACUGUCUCAGGAUAGAUAGGCUAAAAAGUGUUUUUAAUGUAUGUAGGCCGGAAACCGUCGUUGGGUGCCCCUGAUGUUCUGAUGUUCAUUUCUUUUUAAAAAAUGAAUGAAUAAAAGCUUCCAUGACAUCAAAAAAAGUAUGCUGUUUCAGUUAGUUCUGAACGCAACGUGCCGUAUUGUCAGAGUGCUGGACUUUCAAUCUUGCAGUUUCAAGAUCUAAUCUCACUGUGACCCCUGGGUGGAGUCGUUUCUUAGCAGCACCAACUCUUUGGCCACACCAAAAGGUUUGCCCCUUCCUAAUUAGGAUUCUUGACACUGUUAUGUUUAAUUUAAGUUUUUGGUUUUAGAUAUUUGCGAUGCCUCACAAGGUUUUGUAUUUUAAAAACUUUCGUGAGUAAGUAAAGUAAACCAAUUUCCGAUUUGUCUUUUCGUUAACAGAGAAGAAGAUUGUUGUAAUCCUUUGCAGUGAAGGACAAAGCCUUACCCCUAGUGAAGAAGGAAGCAUCACAGCCACAAUUAAAGAGCUUCUCGGCGAAAAAGGCUUAGUCUUUUUGUGGAAGGGAAACAACAAAACUAAGCGAUCAAGUUUGAGUCGAUCACACUCUCUUCCAGCUAGCAAUCGUGUUCCCUCAACGCAUGUAGAACGUCCCCUAAACCCUGAAGAGUUUACUUUAGUUUUUAAGACCCGAUUACGCCUUGGAAACAUUUCAUACGAUGAAAAAGAUGUCAAAGUAAAACAGGAAGGAUGGACGGCUCCUCAGAAGAUGGUCAAAAAUUUGUUCAGAGAGUGGCACAAAAUCAGCAACGUUGAAUUGUCAGUAUACCGCGAGAACAAAACUGGAGAUGAGCGCACAGUGGUG